UAGUUAUUAAUAAUAGUAAAUCGGUUAAUAAUAGUCGCGUGGUUGUUUUACAUUGCAUGUUAAUUAUAAAGUUGGCCAGCAGCGCGGGCAGGCGAAUGUCCGUUUUGCCAGUCACACAGAGUCGCGCACAAGGCUGGCAGGCCAGUUAAGUGAACAUUAUUUUACCUUUUCGAUUAGCUCCCUGCACUCCACACGUAUUUGAGUAGAGCCUAAUUUUUGUUAAAUUCGCGGACUGUAACGCAUUGUGCGUGUUUCAAUCGUGGUUUGUGAUCGAAUUUGGAGGUCCGAAAGGAAAACGCUGCGAAAAUGAUGUAAAGGAAAACUCAAGUAGUCCAACUGUGCGUGUGUGUCCGUGCUGGUGUGUGGAAAUUAACGUAGUGUGAAGGAGAAAAGCGAAGGAAAAGCGACAAUUGCAAUCCAAGGCGAACAACAAAAGCAGCUGAAGGUUGCCCACAGCGCCACGCCCCCUCCGCCCCCGCCCUCGCCCCUUGGAGGACAAAUAUCGGGGAGUGCAAGGAAACGGCGCCGCCAUGGAGGAGAAGCGCAUCGCCGAUUACUUUGUGGUGGCCGGGAUGCCGGAGCACCCCCAGCUGCUGCAGGAGAACAGCUUCAACGACUCGGGAAGAUUACGGGCGGCCAGCACCAUCGAACCGAUCACGGACAUCGGCGUAUACUUCCCGCUGCUCGGCGAGGAGGUGCCCGAGGGAUUCGAGCUCCUCUCGCACACGCCUACGGGGCUGCAGGCGAACCUCAACCACGGAUCGGUCCGCACCACCGACUGCUACAUCUACUUCCGGCGGGGCACGGAUCGCCCUCCGCUUGUGGACAUAGGAGUCUUGUACGAUGGCCAUGAGCGGAUCAUGUCGGAUGCGGAAAUCGUGGCGGAGACGCCCGGCGGCCGUGUGGCCAACGUGAAUAACUCGUCGGCGAAGACCUUCCUCACGUACCGCCGAGCUCGGGCGGACAUGCCCUGCAACGAGCUGGUGGUUACCGAACUGUGCGUCAUCGUCCAGAGCAAGGGCGAGCGGGCUCCACACGCCUUCUGCCUGAUUUACAAGACCCUGAACAAGGGCUACGUGGGCAGUGACGUCUAUCUGUGCUACAAGAAGUCCAUGUACCGGCCGAAACACAUCAGCUACAAGCCGGAGAUCCUGCUGCGCUACCCCACCGUCGACCACACCGACUUUCCACUGAAUCUGUGUCCGAGCGUGCCGCUCUUCUGCCUGCCGAUGGGCGCUUCCCUGGAGGCCUGGCCGCACGUCAACGGAACGGAGAAGCGAAAGCCCAUCAGUCCGGUGUUCAGCACCUUUGUGUUGACGGUGAACGAUGGCACCUACAAGGUUUACGGAUCGGCGCUGACUUUUUACGAGGACUACGAUGAGUCACAGUUGUCGGUGGAGCAGAAGGAGCUGCUCGGUUGGAACGAGGAGUUCGGCGCCCAGCACUCGCUGCACAUGAUCAAGGCCAUCUGUCUGCUGUCGCACCAUCCCUUCGGCGACACCUUCGACAAAUGGCUCAAGUACCUCCAUCGCAUGGUGCUGUUUGGCGUUAAUAUUCCCAUUCCCGUGGAACGGUACAUCACCCAGCUGCUGGACGAGGUGCCGUUUCCGGCGCCCAGUAUCCACUUGCAGCUGUCCAGCGAGUCCAACGAUCGCAUCCUGCUCACCCAGCCGGAGGACUCCCCGCUGCCGCGGAGUGGCGCCGGCUUCCACAUGCUGCUCCAGAACCUGGGCACCGAUAACUGCCUGCAUGUGCUCCUGCUGGCCCUCACCGAACAGAAGAUACUCAUCCACUCACUCAGACCCGCUACGUUGACUGCUGUGGCCGAGGCCAUUGUCUCCUUGCUGUUUCCCUUCAAGUGGCAGUGUCCGUACAUCCCACUAUGCCCGCUGGGAUUGUCGGAAGUGCUCCAUGCCCCGUUGCCUUAUCUCAUUGGCGUAGACUCGCGCUUCUUCGAUCUGUAUGAACCGCCCACGGACGUUACCUGCAUCGACCUGGACACCAACAACAUCAGCCUAUGUGAGUCGCAGCGCCACUUGUCGCCCAAGCUGCUUCCAAAACGAGCAGCCCGCCUGCUCCGCCAGACCCUCACCGAACUGGAGAACGCCAAGCCCAUCAGCUACGACUCCACGAACAGUUUAGAUCGCGACAUUAGGAAGCGAAAGCGGGAGCUGGUGCUGGAGCAGCGCAUCCAGGAGGCCUUCCUGCUCUUCAUGGCUAGCAUUCUGCGCGGCUACAGGGACUUCCUGGUGCCCAUUUCCAAGGCACCCUCAGUGGGAGCCACCGAUCCAAGUGCUCUUUUCCAGCUGAAGGCCUUUUUGCGAUCGCGGGAUAAGUCACACCAGAAGUUCUUCGAGCUGAUGAUGAAGACCCAGAUGUUCAUCCGCUUCAUCGAGGAGCGCUCCUUCGUCUCCGACGGCGACCAUGGCCUGAGCUUCUUCGACGAGUGUGCAGAAAAGGUGGGCAACUACGACGAGACGCCCGCCCAGCUGCAUUUGGUGGACUGGGACACGGGCCAGAAUAGCGAGCGGACCAAGUACAUCUUUCCGCCGGACAGUGUGGCGCCGGCGGGAUCUCAAGCGGGCGGAGGAGGAGGAUUGGCCUACAACUACGAGAACUUCACGCUGCAGCCGGAGCUUUUGCAGAGCACGAAGAAGACGGCCCUAACGAAAUUCCUGCAAAUGCAGCUGAACGCAUCCCUCUCGCCUGGAUCACCGAUUGCCCGGCGCACCAAGCAUGAGAUCAAGCUUUCCCAGAAGAUGGCCAGCCGGUGUCAGCAGCAUCCGGAGGCAUGGUCCAAGUACCUGCUGGCCACCUGCUACUCGCUGUACUUCCUCAUCCUGCCCUCGAUGGUCUUGGAUACGAGGCACGCCGGCAAGGAGCCGGAGAUCCUGCGCGCCGCCUACGACGUCCUGGUGCGGGCCAGUCGCCUAAAGAUCACUUGCGACGAGUUCUGCUACAGGAUCAUGAUGCAGCUGUGCGGGAUACACAACCUGCCGGUGCUGGCCGUCCGCCUGCACUACCUGAUGAAGCGCUCGGGCGUGCAGGCCAAUGCGCUGACCUACGGCUUCUACAACCGCUGCGUCCUGGAGUCUCAGUGGCCGCAGGACAGUACCACGCUGAGCCAGAUCCGCUGGAACCGCAUUAAGAACGUGGUGCUGGGAGCGGCGCAGUUUCGUAAGGCUGGCAAGCAAAGGGCCGCCUCCAAGGUGAACAAAUCGUUAAGCGCGUCCCAGGACCAAAACCUCAGUACCUUGGAGACGGUAGACGGGCAGUCGCGCACCAGCUUGGCCUCCUCCUCCGGCGAUGGCGGUGGCCAUGGUGGCCUGCUCGACUUUGCCGCCUUCGAUCGGCUGAGGAACAAGUUGGGCAACAUUGUGCGGCAGACGGUGACGGGCGGCAACAACGAGGCCAUGGGGGAUGCGGUCAACAGCGCUGGCCUGCUCAUCCCUGGCGAACGGAGUGCCCCGAACACGCCGACCUAUGGCGGGGACACCGAGAUCCUGGCCAAGGCACUCCAGCAACAGCAGCCGCGCAAGCAGAUCAUGAGCAUUGGCGGUGGUGAUGACGACGACGAGGAUGAGGACGAGGACGACUACACGGCUGGAUCGCCAAGCACGCCGCAAAAGCAACUGGAGGCGGGCGCAGACGAGCUGGAGUACGCCGGCGGAGGUGAUUACGAGGCGGACGAGGAGGACGACGAUGAGGUCGACGAGCAUGUGGCCGCACAGCGGGCACGCCAGCGGGUGCAGAGUCCAACAAAAAUCUCGCCCCGCACGCCCGUGACCCAGAACGAUCCGCUGGGCGCUCUGAACGAGGAGGAGUCCACCGCCAGUGCCACACCCACACAGCAGGCGCAGCAGGAUCAGCAGCACUCGCAGUCGCAGAUCGACAGCAGCAUGUACACCGACAAGCCGAUCCUGUUCCGCGGCCAGAGGAGCGCCACCUUCGACGAGUCGACGCAGAUCGGGAAGAGCAUGCACCGCUCGGAGACGAUGCCGGUGGCUAGCAGCGGGGUGACCAACAGCCUGGCCAACAUCGGAUCCUCGCUGAAGUUCACGUUCGGACGUUAUUCACCCGCACGAUUGUCCCUUAAGAAAGACUUGAAAUUGCCCGCCAAUAUUAUAGAAAAUAUAUCGAGCAUAAGUCCCAGCCUGACGGGUAAGAAGUCGAACGAGCUGAUCCAGGGCAGCCUGAGCAGCAUCAAAUCGGCGGCCAGUUCGCUGACCAAGAAGUUCGACGAGAUCAAGGGCGUGAUCUCGGCCAAUUCCACGCCGACGAAGACGAACAACGGGCACCAUCCGCAUGGCCUGCAUCAUCCGCACCACCACCACCACCAUCAUCAUCAUGCGCAGCACGGCAAUCCGGAGCAGGAGGAGCACGACGCCGCCGUCCACGAGGAGGGCAAGUUGCGGCGCGUCUCGAGCGACCUGGAUCCCUGGGGCAGGCUCAGUGAGUCACGCAAGUCCAGCUACAACAACCUGGUGCCGCUGGGCGAGAACAGCUCCACUGGUGCCCUCCACAUGCACGCCUUUCCCGCUCUGCCCGACAACCUCUACAGCCUCGUUGGCGAGAGCGCCUCGGAUCGUGACUGCGAUGUGCUGAUCCAGCUGACCACGUGUUCGCAGUGCCACAACUGCUCGGUGCUCGUCUACGACGAGGAGAUCAUGAGCGGCUGGACAGCGGAGGACUCCAACCUGAACACCACCUGCCACGCCUGCAACAAGCUCACGGUGCCCUUCCUCAGCGUCCAGAUCGAGCGACAGUCGGAGGAAUCGGAUCAGCCGGAUCUUCUGGAGAACGGCAAAGAGCAGCCAGCAGCAGCAGGAGCAGCCAACGGCACUAUCCACAAGUCCAGCUUGACCGUGCCGUAUCUAAACCCGCUGGUGCUUCGCAAGGAGCUGGAGAACAUACUUACCCAGGAGGGCGACAUCGCGCUGAUCAAGCCGGAGUUCGUCGAGGAGCACCCGAUCAUCUACUGGAACCUGCUCUGGCUGAUGGAGCGCAUCGAGGGCAAGACGCACCUGCCUGAGCUCUGUCUGCCCGUACCGAGCGACAAGGAGCACAUUGAUCCGCUGAGCAAGGUGAAGACGGUGCACAUCCAAUGCCUGUGGGACAACCUCAGUUUGCACACCGAGGCCAGUGGUCCGCCAAUGUACAUACUGUACAGGGAGACACAGCCGACGGAUCCGCUCAUCAAGGCGCUGCUCACUGACCAGGCGCAGCUCAACAAGAAUGUCAUUCAGCAAAUCAUUUCGGCCAUCCGGUGCAACGACUUCGCCACUCCCCUGAAGCGUUUGGCCAACGAGCGGCACAAGCUAAAGAACAACGGCGUGGAGCGAUCGCACUCGUUCUACCGCGACAUCCUCUUUCUGGCCCUGACCGCCAUCGGAAGGGCCAACGUGGACCUGGCCACAUUCCAUCGCGACUACGCGGCCGUGUUCGACAAGCUCACGGAGCGGGAGUGCAACAUGUACUAUCGCAACCAGGAUCUGCCGCCCUCCGCGUCGACGAUCUUCUGCCGCGCCUACUUCCGCCCACUCCUGCUGCCCUGACGCAGUGACUCCCAGCAGGAGGAGACGGGCGGCGAGGGAGGAGCAUCGCCAGGCGGUGCCGAAGAGGAGACAUGAUUUCCGGGAUGGGUAAAAACUUAAACUUAAAAGACAAGACGACCAAAAAAUUUCAUAACAAAAAGGAACGAAGGGAAAGUUUAACGACAACAAGACGCUUAUCACACACCCUAGGCCGAUUUUAUAGAUUGGGCAAUUAUAAACUAAUUUCUAUUAGAAAUCAAAGCUAUUAUUUACGUUAAAAAAUAAGAGGACGGUAUUUCGGAACUAUUCCUAGUAGGCUACAAAAAUAUAAUUGUUUUAAACGAAAAAUAUUUGGUUCGAAGUGUUCUUAGGUUUUCAAUAUAAUUGUUUUGAAUUGUCCUCAAUUUAUUUCUAUAGAAUUCAAAAGUUGUUAUACUUUUUUAACGAACUUCCCUAAAAAAAUUGACAUGUGUUAAAUUGUGAAAACAUGCAAAUGCGUUUGUAAAUGACUUGAUCUUACAUUUUAAGUACUUAACGAUUUUUCGCUGUUUAAACUUAAUCAAAAAAUAUACACACACAUUGAUGACUGUUUCUGUGACAAUACAUAAAUACGUUCAGACAGUGCGUUUCAUAGAUGUAACAGAAUCGAAAUUCUAAAAUGGAAAUGUUUAUUUUUCCCUAAUAUUUUGUACUUAUUCCCAACUUACUUAUUCUAAUAACUGCCUUAACUGAUACCGCUAAAUUUUCAUUAUUUUUCCCCCGUAUAAGGAAAUUCCUAGAGGAUAUUAAUUUUGUAUAGCCGAAACGCACUGUACUUACCCUCUUUGAAAACAAAAAGAAACCCAUAAGACGUGUAUUCCAAUUUUCAAUGACCCUCGUCAUAUUUGCCUUAUUAUAUAUAAUAUAACGAUACAUAUUUAUGUACAUAGAAAGCUAAA